AUGAUAAAGCUUUCUUGUGCAAUUGUCGGUGUGCCGGGAAGCGUAUUCUCGGUGCGAGUAGACGAAGCUGACUUAGUAGACGGUUUGAAAAAGGCGAUUAAAGCGAGGAAAGUGUACCAGUUCCCUGCAGACGAGCUGCAGCUCAUCCUCGCAAAAACGACGGACGGCAAGUGGCUGCCACCUCGUUCGGGAGACGUGACGAAGCUGAAGGAGGGUCAGACAACUGCUACCAUGAAUCGCAAACGAAGGAAGAUCAAGAACUACAGGAAGAGGAUCCACUUGAGGUCGUGCUGA